AUGUCGCUCGUUCUGAUUAUGGGAUUACCAGCAGCUGGAAAAUCGUCGCUUUGCGAGAAAAUUCAAGAAAACCACCCGAAUGCUGUCGUCUUUUCGCUCGAUGAAAUAAACGGGCGCUGGUCGGAAGAUUUUGAAUCACACGUUGAGCGAAAAUCUUUUGAACGAACAGUUCGACAAUAUUUGGAGGCUCAUUGUGAUGAAGAGUUCGACAAGGUGGUCGUUGUUGACGACAACUUCUAUCUUCGAAGUAUGCGACGUCCAUUUGAACGCAUGGCGCGAUCUUUUGGAUUGCGUUAUUGUUGUGUCCUGGUGGAUGUCGACGUGCAGGAGGCUCUUCGGCGAAAUUCACAGAGAGGUGCAGAUCGCGUACGUGACGAGACAAUCCUCAGGAUGGCUCGGGAGAUCGAAUUACCAAGCGAUGUACUUGUGUGUAAAGGUGAAGCAGUUGAGGAGAUUUUUCAACGACUGUGUGGACCUCGACCUCAGCGCGUCAAGGCUGUAGAAGGUCUGUUACAGCCCGGAAGGUUAUUCACUCCUUUCGGAACUGGAUAG